AUGGUUUGCGAAGCUGCGAUUCGCUACACAUCAGGAGAGUCGGUGGAGCUGCCAUUACGCGUGAGAUCGUCGAUUCACGACAAGCUGUGGGUCACACGCGGGGAUCAAUGGGUGUCCACCAUGUCUGAUGGGCCAGGGAGGGCGAAGUACAUCUCGAUCACUAACAUCGGGGACGAAGUGUUGAUCCUACAUCAAGAUCCGCGGAUCCGAAAAUGUCUGGACGGGGAUCAUGUGCUGCGACUACCGGGUGUCAUCUCGAUCGGGUUUCGUCGUUACAUGGAGUGGCAGAAUCUAGCGCUAGAAGCCACGACAGACGAUCGAUCCGAAGAUAUGGAGAUCGAAGCCCCGCUGGAGCCCAUGGUAGAGCGACCCGAGUAUAAAACUCCGCGCACAAUACUCCAGAGGCCGAAGACGACGUCGAUCAAGUGUCGGAAGAUCGAGGCGAGUCCGGAUCAAGACGUUCCCGACUGCCUGUCUUCGGAUAACUCGCCGUCGGACAAAUCUGUCGUCGGAGAUUCGACCGUUGGAUCUAGCGUCUGUCGCAAGCGAGGAGUCAGAUCUUUCGUCUAUCGCAGCUGGAGACUCUAUAUUGCAUGCCGUAACGGUCAAGAUCAAGAUUAUGAUGAAUGGGUAUACUACGAUGAAGGAAGUGAUCUGUACGCGGACGAUGUCGACGGUCAGAUGGCGGUACUGCCUGAACUGCCCGUGACGACGGAAGAUAUAAAGAUCGAGGACAUUCAGGUGUGUGGAUCUGAUAAUCAGACCCCAGAAAAACUUGAUCGACUUUGCCAAAGGAUCUGGAAGUUCUGGUACCUCUUGAUCGGCAAAGGUAAUGCCCUGCCGCCGGCCGCCCGAGGUGUUGUUUGCGACAUCGAUGUCGGAGGAGCGAGACCUAUCGCCCUCAAAUGUCGUAAGUUGCGGAUCCAGUUCAGGGAGAAGCUGGCGGACUUGAUCAAGGGUCUGUUAUCUGCCAAGAUGAUCAAUUACUCUAGAUCCCCAUGGGCUUCCCCGAUCGUGGUGAUCAGCAAGAAGAACGGAGUGGAUAUCAGGUUGUGCAUUGAUUACCGGUUGGUUGACAGUCUAACGCAGCUGAUGGUAUACCCAAUGCCCUUGAUCAAUGACUUUCUUGAAGAUCUGGAAUCGACACUUUGGUACUGUUCUUUGGAUAUGACGAGUGGAUUUUGGGUAGUGAAAAUGACGUAUCGUGCUUGUUUGAUCUCAGUUUUUAUCACUCCCUUUGGACAAUUUGAGUGGAAUCGGAUACCUUUUGGCUUGAAGAAUACGUCCCAGAUCUAUCAACGUAUGAUCGAUAACGCGCUAUAUGGAUUCACCCGGAUCCCGAAGUCCGAAGGUCAUGGAAGCACUUUGGAUGUGUUUGAGGACGGGGAACCGGUGGAUCCAAGCCAGCCAUCGGUGCUUGGGCGUAGAUCAUACAUCGAAGACAUCCUGGUCCCGGUCAAUGACUGGGAUCAACUAUGUGACCGAGUGGGAGGUUUGCUCGAAGCGUGUGAUAAGUGGAAUUUGUCGAUCAGUGUGGUUAAGAGUUUCUGGGGAAUGCCUAAGGUGGAAUAUCUCGGGCAUAGGGUCUCUCACAAGGGACUGGAGGCGAAAUCGAAAGAUCUGUCUGCAUUGACUGAUCUAACAUUUCCAGGAUCACUCAGAGCUAUGCAGUCAUUUUUGGGAAGUCUGAACUAUUAUAGCCGAUUUAUCAAAGACUACGCGAUCUACGCGUCGGUUCUGUAUGAAUUACGAGAAACCGACUUUGUUGCGAUGAUGAGGGAAGCUACCCAAGCGCGGAUCCAACAAGUACUGGAAUAA